CGGAUAAAUGGCUGAGUUUAUGAUGCGAAAGAUACAGGUAAAGUACGUUAUAUGCCAUUAACAAAUUAUUUGAAUCCAUAUUAAAAAGAAAUCUGCAGUACUUAACAUGUAUUGACAACUUUUAAUAGUAUGUGGCUAGCCACUGUUUAAAACAUUACAUUGAAAAACGUUAUAUAUCUGUGUGAAGAUUAGUAAUUGCACAUUAUAAUAUAUUUAAUUGAAUAAAUAAAGAGGUUUUGUUUUGGUUUUAGUUUUUUUUUUAUUUUUAUUUUUUUUACUGAGGUUUAUCACAGAUUUGGUGCUCAAAUGACAGCUUAUAUGGUAUAUGUACAAGCAAUGAAAUUUUCAGCUAUUUUUUUGCAGUCUUCAAAUUUAGCUCCAGGAUGGUCUGGCCCACUUGGAAUUCCUGUGUGGUUUCUGCAGGGCUGUGGGGCUGUGUUCUUUUACUGACGUCCCUGAGUGCCUUCUGCGCUUCCCCAGAUGCUCAAACAUUAAUCAACAAAUGCAAAGGAAGUGACGUGGGGCAUUGUAAAGCCUACUCAUCUAUAUUACAAUGUGUUAAAAACAUAGUUAAGGAUACCAAAGAGUUUACUGGGCCAAUAAAGGAGAUUACUUCUGAAGGCAUGAAGGGACUUGUGAUAAAAUACAACAAACAUAGCUUUACAGACAUCCAACUUGCAUUACCAUCUUUAGGAGACACAAACAAAGAUACAGAUACUAUAAAAGUCACAAUUUCCAAUGAAGCUUUACAGAAGGCUAUUGGAAGAAAUGAAUCCAUGCAAGUUGGUAUCAUUAUGUUUAACAAAAGCAUAUUUCCGGAUGCGCAGAACAGUUCACUCCUGUUAGAUGAGGUGAUUGCAAUCGAACUGGGGACUCCAAUCUCUGAUCUCACUGACAACAUAACAAUAACCUUUUAUCAUGAAUACACUUUGGAGGACCGAAAAUGCGUAUUCUGGGACGUGAUCUCAAAUGGAAGUAAUGCAAUCUGGAAUGAAUCUGGCUGCCAGACUGUUUGUGGAACAAACCAAACAGUGUGUAGCUGCAAUCACCUGACAUUCUUUGCUGUGUUAAUGAGCCCUAAUAACAUCACCCUGAGCAAUAUCUCCUUGAAAGCAUUGACGUACAUCACCUACAUUGGCUGCGGGGUUUCACUCUUUUCUUUGGGAGUCACCCUGUUCAUGUACAUAAUGUUAAGGAAAUCCGAUCACUCCACCACAAUCCAUCAGAGCCUGUGCUCAGCGCUGUUCCUGCUAAACCUCGCCUUCCUCCUGAACGAGUGGCUGACAUCCUAUAAUAUUCAUGGGCUCUGUCAGUUAAUUGCCGCCCUCAUGCACUACUCCCUGCUCUGCACCUUCACCUGGUUUGGAAUCGAAGCUUUCCACCUGUACCUGCUGAUGAUCAAGGUCUUCAACACCUAUAUAAAGCAUUACCGGAAGAAGCUGAGCCUUGUUGGCUGGGGAAUCCCAGCUAUAGCUGUCAUUGUGUGUUCAAGUUUGAAGAAGUAUGGGAAUUAUACAAUAUACACGGAAAAGGGGUCUGUUUCAAUGUGCUGGCUGACAGAUCCUGCUGUCCGUUAUGUUACCAUCGCCUGCUAUGCACUGGUGUUUCUGUGGAGCAUGGUGAUUUUCUCAGUGGUGACACUGAAGAUAGUCCAGCUUGGAAAGUCCGGCUCCAGCCACUUAGAAAAGGGGAGCACCAGAAGGAAUGUCUGCACGCUGUUGGGGCUCUGUUGUCUGUUGGGAUUAACGUGGGGGAUCAUAUUCUUCAACUUCGGGGCCCUCGAAGAGCCGGCGCUUUAUACGUUUACUAUCCUGAAUUCCUUGCACGGUUUCUUUGUGUUUCUGAGAUACUAUGCACUGAGCAAGGCUCGCUCUUCUGAAGCAAAGAUUAGCACUAGCACUGACUGAAUCACCAAGAAUAGGGAGCCAUGGUCUCUCUUCGCAGCUCCUGCUCAAAUGAAAGCGGAAAUAAAGCAUCUUUGUUAUUUUUAAGUUUUGAUUAAUUUUGUUUUUUAAUGCAGUUAGCAGUGAAGCUAACACAUAAAAUAAAUGUAGAUUGUAGGACAUGAUAUUUGAACUUGUAUAAUAUUUCAGGAGGUGAAGCUCUGUGGCUUCAAGCUGUUGUUUUAUUAGACUAAAUGAGCAGAUGCUACAUUUUCUUGGUAUCAUAAAUGUUGGAAGUAAUUUAAUUCAUUUGAAAUGCUCUUAUUUUUACUGCGGCUGGGUGGGCGGGUCAAUAUCCUGGUAAUAUGUUAAUUAAAAAAAACUAUUGUGCAUGAUCUGUAAAUACAGCACGUAGUACUGAAAAACAUUUUGAUGAGUUUCUUUUGGUAUUCAUACAUAAUUAUUUUGGA